GGAAAUUAAAAAAACUAGAGAAAAACACUCCCACCUACCAACCUCCUCCUCUUCCCUUCCUCUCUCCCACCAAACACAACAAAAAACACAGCAGGCUUCACACACAAAAACCAUUCCACAAACCGAACACAAUUUGUUUUAUAAAAAAAUCAUCAUCAUUUUCAACCCACUUUCAAUCAAAAAAAAGAAAAAUGGAUUCCAAACAACUUCAAGAUUCACAAACCCAAAACCAAGAUUCAGAAAUUUCAUCAAACAAGAACCAACCUAUCAACCCAUUAUUUACAUCAAUUACACUUUCAGUCCCUCAAUUCCUUCCAACCCAUUUCAUUUCUUCUCCAAAAAUCUCACCUUUUAACCCCAAAUUCCAAAUCCCAUUUCAAAUUUCGUCCUAUUUUAACAAACUAACACUUUCUUCAUCAUCAUCAUCAAUUCCAGUUACUAAAUCUGCACUAAAAUCAACUAUCUCUGCAAACCCAUUUCAAACUCCAUCAACCGAAACCCCUCGCCGGCCGGCAGACCCAUCAUCCGCCGCCGGGGUCCGUCGUGUCUCCGUCGUCUGGUUCAGAAAUGACCUCCGUGUUCAAGAUAAUGAAUGUUUAAACUCUGCAAAUAAUGAAUCUUUAUCUGUUUUGCCAGUUUUUUGUUUUGACCCAAAAGAUUUUGGCAAAUCCCCAAACGGGUUUGAUAAAACUGGCCCGAAUCGGGCUUCUUUCGUUAUCGAAUGUGUUUCAGAUUUAAGAAAAAACCUGCAGGCAAAAGGGUCUGAUUUAGUUGUUAGAAUAGGCAAACCCGAAUCGAUUUUAGCUGAAUUGGUUAAGGAAAUUGGGGCAGAAGCAGUUUAUGUGCAUAGGGAAGUGAGUAAUGAUGAAGUAAAAGGCGAAAAUAAGAUCGAAAAUGCGUUGAAAGAUGAAGGUGUUGAGGUUAAGUACUUUUGGGGAAGUACAUUGUAUCACAUUGAUGAUUUGGGGUUUAAAUUAGACGAAAUGCCAACGAAUUAUGGCGGAUUUCGAGAGAAGAUUAAAGGUGUUAAAGUUAGGCAAACUAUUGAGGCUUUGGGUCAGUUUAAAGGGCUGCCUGCUGGUGGGAAUGUGGAAGUUGGUGAGAUUCCUACUUUGGCUGAUUUGGGGUUCGGUUCGAGUGCUAAUUUGAGUCAGGACAAGCAUGCUUCUAGUGGACCCCUUAUUGGAGGUGAGACUGAAGCAUUAAACAGACUUAAAAAAUUUGCUGUGGAAUGUCAAGCCCAACCUCCAAAAGAAACCAAAGAUGGAAGUAAUGAUACCAUAUAUGGUGCAAAUUUCUCUUGCAAAAUCUCUCCAUGGCUUACUACAGGAUGUGUUUCCCCUCGUUUAAUAUUUGAUGAGCUAAAGAAAUCUGCUUCUAGAACAAUUUCUGCCUCGAAUGGAAAAGAUGAUGAUGAUGGUGGCAUGAAUUGGCUAAUGUACGAGCUCCUAUGGAGGGAUUUCUUCAGAUUUAUCACAAGAAAAUACAGUUCAUCGAAACAACAUAGUACUGCUCCGGUCACCGCUUGAAGGUGAAGGGUGUCAUACAACGAUUCACUUGUCUAAAGUUAUUCUUUGGUCAUCAAUCUCCAAAAUAUUGGGUUGUAUGAAGUAUGAUUGUAUGAACAAUAAUUUUAGUACUGCAUGUAUGUUCUGCAAAUGUUCUUUUGUGUCUUUAAUACUAGAGAUGCUUUAAGGGUUUGUGUAAUGUUGGAAUUUUGAUUUGCCUUGAAAGGCAAUUUAUUGAUAUAUCACCAUUGUGUUUUGAAUAAAGUUUGAACUUUAAAUCAA